GUUUAUCAAGUGCCGAAGUACCUUCUAGACAUUCCAAAACCCAUCCCCCCGGCCACGCAUCGCGAGCUUAAACCCAGGAUGGCAUUGAAGGCGGCGACAUCUGCCAAUACUCCGAUUGGGAGGGGCUUAAGGGCUUUGUACUCAUCAUUUUCGAAUUUCCCGUUGAAUCCUUCACCGCCAAAAGUGGAGAAGCCGCCUCCUGCGGAGCCUUCGACAAAUUUGUUCGUCUCCGGGCUUAGCAAACGUACAACAACAGAAGGUCUCCGUGAUGCCUUUGCUAAGUUUGGUGAAGUUGUUCAUGCGAAAGUGGUGACUGAUCGUGUGUCUGGAUAUUCAAAGGGUUACGGUUUUGUGAAGUAUGCAACUCUAAAAGAUGCUGAAGCUGGCAUCAAAGGCAUGGAUGGUCAGUUUUUGGACGGAUGGGUUAUCUUUGCGGAGUAUGCAAGACCAAGACCACCUCCUCCAUUUCCAAACAACACACCUCAGGGCCCACAUUGAUGCUCGUCGACAGCUCUACUAGUUAAUGUAUACCAUUCAUCCAAACAGACAGUAAUUCAACCCAUUAUUUAAUGUUCCUGUGUCGAUUCAGACAGCGCUAGGUGCUUGUGUGCAGUCGUCGUCCAAUUAUAGCCUCACCUGAUAUUUGUGGCAAUCAAAUUGACAAUUUGUUCCACAUGUAGCAUCACUGUGCGCUCCACCACACAUGCUGCCUUGGCAUUCUGGAAACAUCUAUAUAUGGUUGUUAAGUACUUACUGUUCUGGAAACAUCCAUCCAUCUCGAAUAUAAAAAAAUCGCUGUUAUAGCUUGUUACUACAGCCUUCAGAAUAUAGCUUACCAUCUAUGUUCCAACUUGUGCAUUCUGGAAUUGUCUAACAAUAAAUGCAGGAGGAUGAUAACCGAACAUUGCGCUGGGGCCACUGAAAAUCAAUGGUGGGAGAAUGUGUGUGAAUUGGAUUACUUCCGUCUGUGACUAGAAUUACUGUUGCUUGUCCGCGUUGGCAGCCACUUAACCGCGGCUCCCGGGAUUAUAUUUUUAGCCUGUUGCCCAUUGCCCUAUAAAUAGGGACCCGGCCUCGCAGCGAAGAGAAGAAAUAGGGAAUUAAUCGAAGGGCGUCAUGGAGACGAUUCCCCCCAUUAUUUAGCUUAAAUUUUAGCGGCGUGCUCGAGCUUCGCGCCGAAACGUGUUGUUGCUUUUGUAGUGUGUUUCUCUGGUGAGGAAGUUAUGAAGUUUUUGUUGGAGCUCGUGGUGUGUGGUGCUGCAUCGUGUUCCAGUGAAGCUCGGCAACCGACGACGGAGGAGGCGAAAUAUCUUGUACCUGAGAGGAGAUUUCUGGUCGUUCAAGAGCCUACUCGCCGACGCACGUGGCGGAAGCAAGUCGGACGCGGCGAUUGGCGACCUUCGCUUUCGGCGAUCUCGGAAGAUGUGCUGAUGCCGGAGAGGAUUAACAGUAGUAAGGUCGAACGACCGGUUGCGGAGUGGCGGAGGGAACUGAAGAGGAAGGUUUCGUCGAUUUCGCAGCGAGAUAGGAACCGUUCGUUCCAUCACGAUGAUAGAAGGCGUAGAGAUUCCGCGGAGAUGAUAGCUGCGUUUGCUCCAGUGCCUUUCAUGUUUUGAAUGUGCACCUGUAGACUUUGUCCCCAAAUACAAUCAUCUUUGUAAUUGUAACCCCCAAUCAGCUUUCAGAUAUGAACAUGAUGAAAUCUGUGAUCAA